AUGAAUUAGAAAUGCCAAACUAUUGGUCACAAUUAAAGGUAAAUUGAAUUUAUUUGUAUACAACCAAAGGAAAUUUUAUGGGGUUGUUCAAAAUGUUAUGAAUAAUACAAAAAUAAAUAUAGCUUUAAGCCAAUUAUUUAAAUAUAGAAAGUAUUAAACUAAUCAAUUCAAGAAAUAAAUAAUAAUAAUUGUCUUAAAUUAAUCAAUAUAUUUCAAACUCAAUUUAAUGAAGCUCUAUAAUAAGCAGCAAACACUUUUAAUCAAUCUAUAAAUUAUUUAAAAUAAUCCUUUGAAAUUCAAUAUAAGGAAGUGCUUGAUUUUUUGACUUAUUUAAAUGGUUUUUCAUUUGAUAAUUUAGACUCUUUUAGCUAAGAAAAUUCAAAAUACCUAUUUAUUGUAGUGAAUUAAAAGGCAUCUCUAUAUACAAAAUUAGAAGUUUAAGCAUCAUUUACUAUUGAGAAGAUUAAGAAAAUUCAUCAAGAAAUCAAAAAAAAUAUGAAUGAAGUUUUUGAUUCGAGAUUUAAAUAAAUAUUAGAUGACUUAAAUUAUAAAUAUGAAAUACAAAAUGAAUUUAAAUAGUAAAUCAUUAAUCUUCAAAUUCCAAAUGAAUAUAGGGUUAAUAAUCAUCCUCAAUUAUCAUAUUGUUAAAACUAUAAAUUAGAGUAAGGAGUCUCAUAUUCUGGUUAAUUGUGUAAUAAUUAGUUAUAAGGAAUUGGAGUAUUAGAGAUAGAAAAUUAAAAUAUAAUCUAUUAUGGAGCAUUUAUAGAAGGUCAUUUCACUUAUGGUAUAAAAUGCAAGCUAGAAUAGAAUUAGUUGUUUUAAGGAAAUUUUUAAUAAAAUAAUAAAUAUGAUUAUUAUAUUGAUUAAAAUGGAAUCAUGAUUAAGGCUAAUAUAGAGAGGUAUAAGAUUAUUGUUAUUUAGAUAUGAUGGGAGUUUUUUAAAUGAAUUAUAAGAAGGAGAAGGAAUAAGUCAUUAUAAAAAUAAAGAUUCGUAUUUUAUUAUAUAAAUUAUAUUUUAGUUAUUGCGGAGGUUGGAAGAAAGGGAAAUAUGAUGGAUAGGGAUGUUUAAUUAGUGAGGAGUUUGGAUAGUAAAUAAAUUAAAAAAUUAUCAAUAGAGUUGAAGGGAUCUUUAAGGAUGGUAAACUAAAUGGAUAUGCUAUUUUUUAAAAUGCAUAAAUGA